CGAAACGAAAACGAAACGGCAUCGUCCUGUCCAAGCUCAAAGCUCAAGCCCAAGCUCAGCCUCGCACCUCGCACGCCAUGGACACCGUCCGGUCUCUCGUCCAGCCCAUCACGCACAACCUGCCGGCCCCCAUCCGGGACCUGGGCGUGUCGAUCGUAGGCAAAACCUGCUACAAGGCGCUGCUGCUCGACGUGGACGUGGAAAACACGGAAUGCAUCAAGCUGGCCAUCAGCAAGGGCCUGGGCAUCGGCAUCGUCGGCGCCUCGGCCGUCGUCAAGGUGCCGCAGAUCCUCAAGCUGCUCCAGUCCAAGUCCGCCGAGGGCGUGUCCUUCCUGUCGUAUCUGCUGGAGACGAGCGCGUACCUCAUCUCGCUGGCCUACAACGUCCGCAAUGGCUUCCCCUUUAGCACCUUUGGCGAGACCGCCUUCAUCAUGGGCCAGAAUGUCGUCAUCACCAUGCUCGUGCUCAACUACAGCGGCCGGUCUGCUGCGGCUGCUCUUUUUGUCGCUACACUGGCUGCCAGCGCCGCGGCCUUGUUUACUGACACUGUUGUGGAUAUGCAGGCCUUGAGCUAUCUGCAAGCUGGUGCCGGUGUCCUCGGCGUUGCUAGCAAGGUGCCUCAGAUCCUGGCCAUCUGGCAAGAGGGAGGCACCGGCCAGCUCAGCGCUUUUGCGGUCUUCAACUACUUGGCCGGCUCGUUGACUCGCAUCUUCACCACGCUCCAGGAGGUCGACGACAAGCUUAUACUGUACGGCUUCAUCUCCGGCUUUGUCCUCAACGCCAUUCUCGCUCUGCAGAUGGUGUACUAUUGGAACGCUCCGUCGGCCAAGGCCAGGGGCAAGCAGAAGGAGGUUAUUCCCGUUGAGGCUCUGGGCCAGGGAAGUUCAUCAGCCGUUCCAAAGAAGGGACCCACCACUCGGCGCCGUGGUUAGACGAGAUUCUGUGGAGGUUCCUAUUUUUUUUUUUUCCUUAUUCUUUAUCUGGAUGCUGGUGUACAGGUCGGAAUCAGGGUACUGGCCAGGGAAUUGCUAAUAAGAAUAAGAUGAUGUGCCUAACUUGCCUGUGGCGUGCUCGUCAUCUGGCAUUCUUGGGCCUACAAUGUAUUUAAUAACGGAUAUAGCCAUUUAUCAGCAUUACUAUUCUACUUCAA